UGUUUUCGGUCGCUUGUUGAGUGUCACACGAUUGUAUUGUUUGUUUUGAAUGUGUCUAUAUGUCAGACGCAUAUAUAUGCAUUCAUGGCAGGGAAUGAUAUAAAUAAAAACCUACGAAAAUUAGAUUUUCCGUAUUGCGCUAGGGAAGCUUUAUGCAGGAUCGAGAUACUAUGCGGAAUACCAGGAAAACGAAUGGACCUGCAACUGGACUUGAUAUCAGAAUUUGUGUUCGGGGAAAUAGAAAGGCGAAAGAAACGCAACAUGACUAUAGCCAUACAAGAAUUACAGUUGAUAGAAGUCCUAAGCGAUUUUUUCCAAAGUCCGGGAGGAAGCGCUGCUGUACGGAAUGCAGUCUUUUUAUCCCUUUUCCCUGCAGAUAGUCCCAGAAACAAAUUACUAGGCAAUUUAGUAUCAUUGGCUAUAGCUACCCAAAAUAAGGCCGUGUUAAAUGCAACUGGAAUCUGGAUGCAACAGUUGGGUUCUACCUCCCUACAAAGUGUAGGAUUAGCAAGACAUGUACUUAAUGACUACUUUGUCCUUACUCCAAAAUCUAUUGACAAACUGAAGCAACUUCCUGUUCUUGCACCACAUUUCACUGCUAACUUACUAACGGCAAUAGGUGAAGUUUAUGAAGACAAAGAUCCACCUACAGAACUGCUUAGAUUAGUAGGGGAAUGGAUUGAUGAAAACCCAAGUCUCCUAUUGACCCCUUUAAUGGAUAAUCCUGCCUUGCCUAGUGGUGGCAUUCCUAUGACACCAAUUACACCCAUAGCAGGUUUAUUCAGGUGGUGUAUCUUAUGUCCUCUGCGUCUAAAGAACACAGAAAAUUGCCAGGAACAGAAGAAAUUGUAUUCAAAGAUUCAACAGCUUCUUAUGGAAUCAGUAUUAAGAUUAAAAAAUAGUGGAAACAAUAAGCACGCAAUCUCGGCGCAACAUUUUGCUGCCACUACCCGAGCUUUAAGUAGCAGUUUAGGAUCUCAUUCAACUGCUAGUAUCAUAUCGCGUGAUUUAGCUAUGGAACGACUUGCCCAGGCUAUAAACGCGGCAAUGUCUGCGAACUGUAUUUACGGGAACAAACAGGAAUUGUUGGCUCUAUUACAGCCUUUAGCGUAUCAACAUUUUCUCAUUGAAUGGACAUUGCAAACUUAUGCAAAUAAAGCUACUUGAUUAACAAAUUCUCAUUCUGACUUAGU